UCCAACCUCCACCAAUCGCCUCCUCUUCUCCGCCGCAAACAACAGAAAUAUCACCAACGCAAACACCCACAGCUCACGACGUUCUAACCCAAAUGGAUCCAAUCGGGACUGCUCUCCACUCGCCCACCCUUCCCAUCUUCUUCUCUUCCCUUCCUCUUCACACCAUUCCGAGGGGAUUAUCCCACCCAAAAUCAAAGAUCCUUUGUUCCUCUAAGACAAUGGCAGUGGCAUCGGCACCGACCAAUGCGACGACGACGAGUUUUGGCUUCAAAAACUUGGAGACGUUCACCGUCAAUAUACACACAGCGGAAGGAAGGCCCUUGAACGUGCCCCUGAUAGCUCCAUUCUUGAUUGCCAAUUCAAAGCUCGACAAGGUGGAGAAUAUGGCCAUCAGGGUUGAACUCAGUAAUGGGUGUUCCGGUUGGGGUGAGGCACCCAUCCGCCCUUUCGUCACUGCCGAGGAUCAGAGUACGGCGCUUGUGAAGGUGGGCGAGGUCUGCGAGUUCCUUAAUCGGAGUCCUCCGAUGACUUUGAAUUCCGCACUGCGCAAGAUUGGUGCCCUUCUUUUCGGACAUGAUUUUGCUUCUGUUAGAGCUGGAGUUGAGAUGGCAUUAAUUGAUGCAGUGACUAAUAGCAUUGGCAUACCCCUUUGGAGAUUAUUUGGCAGGGCAUCAAAUACCAUAUCCACUGAUAUAACGAUUCCAAUUGUUUCCCCUACGGAAGCGUCAAAAUUGGCUUCUCACUAUCAGAAACAUGGUUUUAGCACCUUAAAGCUUAAGGUAGGGAAAAAUUUUCAUGCAGACAUAGAAGCUCUUAAAGCAAUAAGGAUGGUCCAUCCAGAUUGCUUGUUUAUCUUGGAUGCUAAUGAGGGUUACACUUCCAAGGAAGCUAUUGAAGUUCUUGAAAAAAUUACAUGGUAAGGUUGCUUUCUAAUC